AUCAAGGCGUGAGGGACAUAAGCAGGCAUGUGGAAGGCAAGGGACAUCGGGCCAAAGAACAGUCUCUAAACUCAGUCAGCAGUAUUGCACAGUUCUACGUGCCAGAAACUUCUGUUGGAGGCAUGAGUGUACAAGAGGCCAAGACCAGGAGGGCUGAGGUGAAGGUUGCUGUUGCAAUGGUGCAGCACAAUGUUCCCUUUGCCGUUGCUGACCAUUUCAGCCCCUUGUACAAAGAAUGUUUUAGAGACUCCCCUACAGCUCAGGGCUUUAAGAGCGCAAGCACAAAAACAACGUGCCUCAUAAAUGAAGCAGUGGCACCUCAUUUUAAGAAGGAACUGGUGAUGAAGAUGAGAGAGAAUCCCUUCACACUUGUCACAGAUGGCUCGAAUGAUACUGGUCUAGAGAAGAUGAAUCCUCUCACUGUCAGAAUUUUUGACACCAACAAAGUUGUGCACAGGUUCCUUGAUAUGUGCACCACCAGUGGGCGGAGCUGUGGCACCGCUGAAGUGAUCUACACAAAAAUCAAUGACGCCUUGCAGGAAAAUGACAUCCCUUGGAGAAAUUGUGUAGGUCUCUCUAUUGACAAUGCCCCUGUAAAUACAGGUGCCAGAAAUUCAAUCUCAGCCAGAAUGUUGAAGGAAAAUGGCAGUAUUUACAUCCAUGGAUGCCCCUGUCAUAUCAUCCACAACACUGCCAAACAUGCGGGGCAGAAGUUUAUGGAAAUAUCCGGAUUUGAUCCAGAGGAUCUGACCGUGGAUGUUGGGUACUGGUUUAAAGGAAGCACCAACCGUAAAGGUUACCUGGCAGAAUUUUGUGAAUUCCAUGAGAGCGAGUACAUGGAAAUGCUGCUGCACAUUUCAGUGCGAUGGUUAAGCCUGGAGAGGUGCAUCACACGAAUUCUGCGACAGUAUGGGCCACUUACCAGCUAUUUUAAGUCUUUAAAUGAGAAACAACCAAGAUUUAGAAGGCUGGUGGAUGCAUUUUCCAACCCCCUGACUGAAGUCUAUCUACUCUUCUAUCAAGCGACGCUGCCAGUGUUCACCCUACUGAACCUCCUCCUCCAGAGAGAAAGGUCUUCCAUCUUUCAGCUCCACGGAGAGAUGACAAAGUUCAUCAAGAAACUGUGUGCGAGGUUCAUGAAGCCGUCAGCACUACAGGGCCGACAAGUCCAUGACAUCCUCUACAAGGACCCACUAAACCAACUGCCAGGAGAAAAUCUAAAUGUUGGCUUCACCACCAGAGCUACCCUCAAUAGGCUCCUUGCGGCUGGAGACAUCACACCUCAGGAGGUGAAGCUAUUCCAACAGGCAGCACUGGCAUUUCUGGUCAGGGCUGUGGAGUAUGGCAUCAAUAAACUCCCUCUGAAGGAGGCUCUUCUGAGGCAUACAAGAUUUGUGGAUGUGUAGCAGAGGACUGAGUGUGGGGUGGAAGAUGCCCUAUACUUUAUAGACAGAUUUCAGGAACUACUACCUUUCCAUGGGCCGGAGGAACAGGACAAGGUGUGUGAGCAGUUCCUGGAAUAUCAGCUGGUGGAUAUCCCCAUGCCCCAAGAUCCCACCACCUUUAAUGUUGAGGAGUUUUGGGGGAGUGUGUCCUCAAUCAAGUGCAAGGUGACCGGUUUGAGCCAGUUUGGGAGGCUCACUAAAAUAGCUCAACUUGUUCUAGUGCUCCCUCACUCUAAUGCCGACGCGGAGAGGGUUUUCUCGAUGGUUGGACUGAACAAGACAAAAACUAGGAACAGCUUGGCCCUAGAUGGAACACUGUCCUCCAUCAUGACAGUGAAGAUGGCAGGCCUGGAACCAAACUGUUUCAGAUGGGAGCCACCAACCCCAGUGCUGAAGGCCUCAAAAACUGCCACCAACACCUACAACAAAAAACACUGACACACACACACACACACACACACACACACACACACACACAC